UCUGUUUUUCCCGAAAGAAAAAAGAUAUCCUUCGGUUGUACAGAGGAAGGAACUCUUGGUUACUUGAGUCGUCUAAGUAGAAGAAAAACUUCUCAGAAACUCAUCGAUACCUGAUAUUGAUCGAGGGAUUUGUGCAUGUGGUUCUUGAUGAAAUUUCUGAAUUAGGGUUUUCAGAAAAGUUGAAAAUUUGACAAACAGUGGUUGCAUAUUUGACAUGGGGGAUAUCAGGAAAUGGUUCAUGAAAGCACAUACCAAGAAUGAUGCAACAACCCCUGCUGCUAAACCCCCUGCUGCAGAUUCACCUCCUGUUAAACCGGCUGCGAUUAUCCCACACGCAGAAAAAUCUACGAAUGGAGGGCAAGAGAGCUCAGGAAGGAAGAAAACUAGUAGAUACUUUGCUACUAAGCCAGAUAAGUCUAAAGAUGAACAGCAGGCUGAGAAAACAGUAGCUAAAAGAAAACCCCAAGAAAGUUCUAAGGCAUUAGACGAAGAUUUAAAGCCUCCACCUGUGAAGAAGCUUCACAAGGCUAAAGAAGAAAAAGAUAGUGGUUCUAAACCUCCACCUGUGAAGAAGCUUCUCAAGGCUAAAGAAGAAGAUGAUAAUGAAGAUGAUGAUGAUGACUUUGAGCCUAGUCCUGCCAAAAAAUUGAAGAGUACCCCUCGUAAAGGAGUAAAGAAAUCUGUUGAAAUAGAUGAGGACGAUGAUGAUGAUGAUGAAGUGGGUGGUACUCCUCGCAAACCAGCUGGAAGAGGUAGUGGUGGAAGAAGUUCAGCAGCAGCCCCUGGUGGUGGAAGAGGGAGAGGGAGAGGUGGUGGUGGAAGAGGUGGGUUCAUGAAUUUUGGUGAAAGGAAAGACCCUCCCCACAAAGGAGAAAAGGAAGUCCCAGAGGGUGCGCCUAAUUGUUUACUUGGUAAAACUUUUGUUAUUAGUGGCACCCUUGACAGUUUGGAACGGGAGGAAGCAGAAGACUUGAUUAAGCGCCAUGGAGGUCGAGUUACUGGGUCUGUCAGUAAAAAAACGAAUUAUCUUCUUGCUGAUGAAGAUAUUGGGGGACGAAAAUCAGAAAAAGCUAAAGAACUGGGCACUGCAUUUUUAACUGAAGAUGGGUUGUUCGACCUCAUUCGCAAAUCAAAACCCACGAAAGCACCCCCAGAAGAAUUAAAAAACAAUUUAGGCAAGGGUGCCACCUUGCAACCAAAAGGAAGUCCUCUGAAAGUAGUAAAAGGUAACGAAGUCUCGCCCUCUGUUGAAAAGAAAACCCCCCCAAAAGGUUCGGCUCAAGGCGUUUCUCCUGCUAAACGUAAAACCCAAGUUGCGGGUGGUUCCUCAUUAACAUGGCCAGAAAAAUACAAACCGAAGACUCCCAAUGAUAUCUUGGGCAACCAGACACUUGUUAAGCAGCUUCACGAGUGGUUGUCCCAUUGGAAUGAUCACUUUCUACAUACUAAGCAGCAGGGAAAGGGAAAAAAACAGAAUGACAAUGGAGCUAAAAAAGCUGUUUUGAUAAGUGGAUCACCUGGCAUUGGAAAGAGUACAUCAGCAAAACUGGUUAGCCAGAUGCUUGGCUUCCAGGGCAUAGAGGUCAAUGCUAGUGACAGCCGGGGAAAAGCUGACUCGAAAAUUCUUAAAGGAAUUGGUGGAAGCAUGGCAAACUCUAUAAAAGAACUUGUCAGCAAUGAAUCUUUGAGUGUUAAGAUGGAACGGUCAAAACAUCAAAAGACUGUGUUGAUUAUGGAUGAAGUUGAUGGCAUGUCCUCCGGAGAUAGGGGUGGGGUGGCUGACCUUAUUGCCAGCAUCAAAAUUUCCAAAAUCCCGAUCAUCUGUAUUUGCAAUGACCGUCAUAGUCAGAAACUGAAAAGUCUUCUCAACUACUGUUUGCUUCUCAACUACAGAAAACCAACAAAACUACAGAUGGCAAAGAGGUUAAUGCAAGUUGCAACUACAGAAGGCAUCAAGAUUGAUAAUGAGAUGGCUCUUGAGGAACUUGCGGAUAGAGUUAAUGGAGAUAUGCGUAUGGCACUUAAUCAGUUGCAGUACAUGAGCCUCUCAAUGUCUGUUAUCCAAUAUGAUGAUGUGCGGCGACGCCUUCUUAGUAGUGCGAAGGAUGAGGAUAUUUCGCCGUUUACUGCUGUUGACAAGCUGUUUGAUUUUAAUGGUGGAAAAUUGAGAAUGGAUGAGAGGGUUGACUUGUGCAUGAGCGACGCUGACCUUGUUCCUCUUCUAAUACAGGAAAACUACCUUAAUUUUCGACCAAGUGCUGUUGGUAAGGAUGAGAAUGGAAUUAAGAGAAUGAACAUGAUUGCGCGUGCGGCAGAAUCUAUUGGAAGUGGAGACAUUGUUAAUGUACAGAUUCGGAGAUACCAACAGUGGCAGCUCUUUCAAACUAGUUCCCUUGUGUCAAGUAUAAUACCUGCUGCUUUGCUGCAUGGGCGAAGGGAGACCUUUGAACAGGGGGAGCGCAAUUUCAAUAGAUUUGGAGGGUGGCUGGGGAAAAACUCGACAAUGGGAAAGAAUAUGAGGCUUUUGGAGGAUGUGCAUCUUCAUCUUCUUGCUUCUCGAGAAUCCAUUUCACACAGGGAAACCUUACGAGUAGAUUACUUCCCUCUUAUUCGGAUACACUUAACUGAUCCUCUUAGAUCGCUGGAUAAGGAUGAAGCAGUUCAGAAGGUUGUGGAAUUCAUGGAUGCUUACUCAAUAAGUCAGGAGGACUAUGACUCAAUCAUGGAGUUAUCACAAUUCAAGAAGCACCCAAAUCCACUCGAGGGAAUACCGCCAGCUGUUAAAGGUGCACUGACAAAGGCAUAUAAGCAAGGAAGCAGCUCGCGUGUUAUACGAUCAGCCGAUUUAAUUACGCUUCCAGGAUUUAAGAAGGCUCCAAAGAAACGUAUUGCAGCGAUGUUGGAGCCAGUUGAUAGUGGUGGUCUGACAGAAGAGAAUGGUGACACACUAGCAGAAAGUGAAGAAGAAAAUGCUUCAGAUACUGAAGACACAGAUGGACCUGAUAAUGGUGAGAAAAAGCUGCAGCUGGAUCUCCAAAGUAAUAGCAAGAAAGGAAUCCAAGUACAGCUUGAUUUAAAGAACACUGGUAAGUCAAGUGGAAAGAAAGCUCCUGCUAGCAAAUCAAAAGCAGCAUCUGCUUCUGCAUCUGCAAAGAAAGGUAGUCGUAAUGCUGGUGGUAGUGCUGCAGCUGCUUCUGCGUCCAAGAGAAAGAGAUGAGAUGAGAAAGAGAUGAGAUGAGAAAGAGAUGAAAAGCUUAUUGGUCUGUGUAGCAUUUCAUCGCUGCCGCCAAGUUUUGUUUUUUCCGGAGAUAGCUGUAAAGGCUUGCAACUCGGUGCUGCCUCCCUCUUCCUUUAAAAUUUCCUUUUGCGUUUAGUUUUUGUUUAGCGGUGUAAGUUGGAACUAGAUCCUGCUCUAUAAAUAUGGCCUUUUUCAGUUCUUUUGGUUUUUCGUAAUGGAGCCUCAUACAGGCAGGCCAUUCAUUGCACACUUUCCAUGUCGAAUUGUUCUUUAGUUCAUGAUUUUCUGCAUCAAGUUGGAAGUUUUGCGGCCA